CACUUCAUUCAGCAUAACUAUCCAAAUACAUGAGCUCAAGUGUGUCGACAUUAUACUAUUACCAUGUCCCAGUACCGCUAUUCUCCGCUUUCACCGGGACGUGACAGUAUUCGCCUGCUUCGCCUAAUGCCACAUGAAGACGAGACGGCUGACAUACAAUGCGAACUCUUCGAAUACUCUCUACCGAACUCGUGCAAAAGAACUCAUAUGUACGAUGCUCUGUCAUAUGUGUGGGGUAAUCCAGACGAGAAGCUACCUAUCUUUAUAUACAAAUAUAGUUUUGAUGUCACGGUCAACCUUCGCGCGGCGCUUUUACAUCUUCGAAAUCACUCUAUUGAGCGAAUUCUAUGGGUAGAUGCCAUUUGCAUCGACCAAGCGAAUCAGGAAGAGAAGGAGCACCAGAUUCAGUCAAUGGCGAAAAUCUAUGGUCAAGCAAACCGUGUAGUCGUUUGGCUAGGAGAGGCGGCAGACGAUAGCGAUUUAGCGCUCGAAGAGAUACGAGUUACUAGGGACAAGAUGUCUACAAACUCUUUAGACAGUAAAAGGAUCCAACAAGCAGUCCUUGCACUGCUUCAACGACCGUGGUUUCGGCGCAUCUGGAUACUCCAAGAAAUUGCCGCAGCUCGACAUGUCCUGAUUAUGUGUGGGUCUAAAAAGAUUGACGGGUACGUUUUCUGCUUAGGUGUAGAUGCAUUAAAGGAUUUGUAUGAAGCUCGCCCAGACUUGCAAGGGUUGAUCCGUUCAGUAACCUAUCUAAUCAGAGAAGCCAUCUUUAGACCUGGCUACUCAGUGGGUAUUUCAGGCAGGUCUUCUCUAGAUAUAUGCCCACUAGGCGAAUUGAUGGACAUGUAUCAUGCCCAUGAGGCUACCAAGCGUCACGAUAAGGUGUAUGCCCUGCUCGGCAUGAGCUCUGAUGAUCUUAGCGAAGCUGACCUGAUGCCCAACUACGGAGAUCCAUGGGAGAAACUCUUGCAGCGACUCGCCAAGUUUCUUCUCAGUGAAAAGAUAUCUGUGGAGGCUUGGGGUGAUGAAGAGGUCGCAGCAAUCAAGAGCAAGGGUUGUAUUCUUGGUAAAGUCUCCUCAGUGCUUAGAGAUACUGCUUUGGAUGGCAGACAGAGUGUGGAUGUUAUUUUCAAGAGCAUAUUGGGGCACCCGGAAUAUACGGGAACGCAGCGCUGGACUCUCCGGCCCUCGGCAAAAUCCAUUCGAGAUGGAGACCUCAUCUGCCUUCUUCAGGGAGCUUCAAAGCCUGCGAUCAUCAGAUUAUGCAAAGACUAUUUUGCCAUUAUUAUGAUUGCAGCUACUCCUCUAGAGAACACACGAAUGGAGGAAGGAUAUAUCGAGUGGCCGAAUCUCUUGCAAUCAGUAACAACCUUCACCCGCGAUUUUCUACUUUUCUGGGACUGGAAAAAAUCCUCAGAAAAGUUCCAAAAUCCAGCAGAAUAUGACACUUUGAUACGAACGGACGAUUCGGCGUCAGAAUAUUUCAAGAUAGGCAGGGAGGGCUGUCUGGACAAUGCGACUAGAACAUGGAACAUUGCACUAAUAUUAGGAGACCUUGGAGAAUACAAAGGAGCAGAAGAGAGGAUUCUAGAAGCAAUCGAGGGCUAUAAGAGAGCAUUUGGAGUAGAAUAUCCGUACACGCUGAAAAGUCAAUACGGUCUAACGCCGCUAUCAUGGGCCACGGGGAACGGGUAUGAUGAUGUAGUACACCUGCUCCUGGCGAAUGAUGCUGUCGACCCGGAUUUGAAGGAUAGUCAAUACGGUCGAACGCCACUCUGGUGGGCAGCUGAGGGAGGUCACGAAGCUGUGGUUAAGCUGCUGCUUGAGACGGGCAACGUCGAGGUCGACGCGAAGGACAGCGACGAUCGGACGCCACUCUCGCGGGCAGCCAAGGGAGGUCACGAAGCUGUAGUUAAGCUGCUGCUUGAGACGGGCAACAUCAAGGUCGACGCGAAGGACAGCGACGGUCGGACGCCACUCUCGCGGGCAGCUCAGGGAGGUCACGAGGCCGUGGUUAAGCUGCUGCAAUCAAGCACUAGAUAGCUGUUCCUCUUGUCUCCCCUUUACGCCCACCACUCCCUACUUCACUGCCCAGAUUUCCUAUAUACUUGGCG